AAAUAAAAAAAAGCUGACCAAUGUUGACAUUUUCUCCACACCAACCGAAACAGCGGAAGAAAUAUCACGUUGUGAAAUAGAUAAUGACUAAUACAGUACUUGAAAAGAAAUAACAAAGGAAAAUAUUGAUGAUGCUGGGACAGUUGUACAUCUUGAGCCAAAUAAUUCUAUCCAUUUAUUUUAAAUAAAGUUCUUUACUGUUUAGAAAUUUGGAAGAACCAGCAUGACAAAUCAAUUUUCGAGCUUGCUAAAUAGCACCCUUGACACCAUAGGCUACUCAGUAGAAAAUAUAUCGCUGAGAGCUAAGAUUUCGAAAACAGUUACAAGAAUGUGCAGCGAAGGAUGUACUGAACAAUUUGGCGUGAAACUACUCUCUGCAGGAAGUAAAGCAGAAGGUGUUUCACCAAUUUUCGCCAGUGAUGAGGACUUUAUGCAUGUAUAUACUGAUUACAUUUGUGUGGAUUUUGGUGACAUCGAAAGCGGCAUAUAUGUUAUUAUGAGACACUUGGACGAAUCACCACCAGGAUAUAUCAAGUUAAGCCCGCUGGGUGCGCAGAAUACAACAUUGUUGCCAUCGUUGCAUUUAUUCUCAGUGUAUGUACCUAACUUAGAUAUUGUCUUGUUAUCAAGCGUGUGCUUUAGAAAUUUUUUACCUUUGAUUUUCAGUAAAGUCAUGCCUUAUCUAGGUCUGGUAACAAAAGUAUCAAAGGUUAGUGGGCCAGCAUUAGCUUUAACUGUAAACCGCUGUAUGUUGGACGAUGUAUUUUCAGCAGAUCUUUAUGCUGACAUUGUCCCAGCUUUACCUUACUAUUCGUCCUCGAUCCUGGAACAGUGGAAAGAACGCAAGCGGUUGUAUGAAUGGCCCUCUUCGGACACCAUAAAAGACGUAUCAACUACAGAGGGUUAUGUUGUUCCUGUUGGACACAAGCAGAGUGAGGAACAGAAUUUCGAGUGGAGAGUUUGCUACACGACCGGGGAACAGAAGCUUUUAGGCAGCUUGAAUGAGGUUCAGAUGAAACUUUAUGUUUUGCUAAAAAUGAUAAACUCGUGCGUAAUCAAAGGUCAAGUGGACUGUCUUAGUUCUUAUAUGAUUAAAAAUAUUGUCAUGUGGGUUUCAGAAACAUGUCGCACUGGCAUAUUUACACCAAACAAUCUUUUACGUUUGGUACUCCAAAGCUUGGCAUUUUUAAGAAACUGUCUUCUUUACAGUAACUUUCUUCCGAAUUACAUGAUUGCUGACAGGAAUCUAUUAUUUGGUAAGGUUGAAGCUCAAGAAAAAAUUGAACUCGGGAAUAUAAUAGGAGAAUUAUUACACGAUGGUGAGUUUUUAUUUCUCAGGUGUGAAAAGCUAACACAUGCCAUGUACAUCAUGUGUGAAAAUCCUACACUCGCACUGAGAUUUCGGGCCUGGAGAAACGAAAUUGAAGAACUCUUCUUAUUUAUGCGUCUAAAAGCCUUUUCAAAAAUUAAACCUAACAUGGUGUUCAAGUCGAACUUCUGGUACGAGCUGUUCUAUGAAUAUCUUCAAGACGAAUCAUUUAUAGAAACAACGAUGAGAUUAUUAAACCUUUUUGUCGAUCGAUGA